AUUGAUGUCUUGUAGUAUUUAACUCCAUAUCAAAGAUAUCAGAGAGCUCUCAGAGAACAAGGAAGUGCUGAUGUAGCGUAUGCUCGUCUUAUGUUACUGGGAUCAGCUGGUACUGGCAAGACGUGUCUCAAGCGUUCAUUAAUGGAAGAACCUUUCAAUCCUCAUACUACAAGCACCAUUGUAUCUGAUGUAUCGUCCGUACGACCAUUUGAACACGAAUGGCAAACAAGAAGAAACAAAUGGAGUGAAGCCACAGAAGACGACGAAAUAAAGGAGCUGGCUCGUUUGUUUAAAUCCAGUCUAUCUGAAUCAUCCUCUCAUGUUUCAUCUGAAUCAAGUUUAGUAUCUGCUUCACUCGAUGUAUCUCCUGCAAAAAGUAGUGCCAAACCUUCAGAUUUAGAUGCAAAAAUCAAAUCAUUGCUUAAAAGAGCUCGUACAUAUAAGGCAACAGAAUCACAUGUUCAGCCAUUUCUUCAUAUAUGGGAUUGUGGUGGUCAGCCAGUGUUCCUUGAGAUUCUCCCAGCCUUCCUCACUCCUCGUACAAUGUUUCUCCUCCUGUUUGAUGCUUCAAAGGAUUUCAGAGAAAGAUGGCAGUCACGUCAGAAUACUCCUGAUGGUGAAGUGCUGUUUGGUGAGGUAGUGAAUGAAAGCACCAGCAAUCUAAUGGCCAAAUGGAUGUCUACAAUACAUAGUUAUCUCAUGAAGCACAGCAAAGAUGAUUCAAGACGCAGCUAUUUCAUGGUCGAGCACAACAUAGAUGAUACUUCUUCUCCUAGCCUCUAUUGUGUUGGUACUCGUGGGGACAAGCUUAAUGAAGAAAGAAAGGAAGAAAUAAAGAAGCAAAUACAGUCCCUGUAUCAGAAAAAAGAGUUCUCGGAUCUUAUUAAAGAUGUGCUAAUCGUUGAUAAUACAACAUCAGGCAGAGGAGAAGAUGAAGACCCAAGCAUUACAGAAUUACGUGGUGCUAUUGAUGAUUUUAUCAAUAAUUUAGUUGUCAAGACCCCUGUCAAUUGGUUUCUCUUUCGCAAAGUUCUUCAAGAGCUAAAGCAGAAUAUCAUUAGUGUAUCUGAUGCCAUUGCCAUUGGAGAAGCGUGUCAUAUACCAGCACGUGAUGUUCCUGUAGUAUUGAAAUUCUACCAUGAGCUGGGAGUUCUGCUUUUCUAUCCCAAAAUAAAAAGUCUGACUAAAAAAGUCAUUCUCAGUCCGAAAUGGUUUGUUGAUACCAUUGGGAAGGUGUUCCCACUCGAGAAAGGAUGGAGAGGAGGGAAAAAGUGGUAUUUGUUGCGAAAUAAAGGUAUUCUUGUUCAAUCACUCUAUCAAGAACUAUGGCAGUCAAGUGGUAUUGAUCCAGAAGAAAUAAUUGAACUCUUAGUUCAUUUUCGUCUUGCAGCUCCAGUUCAAACUGAGGAUUAUGAUAGCACAUCCAAGCAAUAUUUUCUUCCAGCAGUGUUACAAGGAUACACAGGUGAUCCUAAUGAAGUACGACUUGGUUAUGAGCUAAGAGCCUCACCUGUACACAUUACAUUCUCCACUGGGUAUGUACCUCCUGGCUUCUUCACUCGUUUAGCAACCACUGUAGCUACUAACGCCAGUGUUAAGCUUAAUAUCGAUGAUGAUACUGCAGCACCUGUCUAUCGUAAUCGUGUCUGCUUCUCUUAUGGUUGUCCUUCUGAUGAUAUUGUUCUCACUGAUAUUAAUCAAGCUAUUCAAGUUGAUGUGUUAAGAUAUGUCCCUGAGGGUCUUCAUCCUGUUCCUUUUAAAACAGUUUGUCUGCAAAUAUUGGAGUUACUAAAUGAAUGUUGCCAAAAAGUAGAAGACACCCUUGAUAUUUACCAUCGUCGUGACCCUUACAUGCUCCUUGGUCUUUAUGCUUAUCAGAAAUCAUCAAGAAAAAUACAAUACGUGUGUCAAUGCAGUCCUUCCAGCGAAGUCCAUUACAUUAAUGACUUUGAUGCUAAGAAGCAGACAUGUUUUGAUCCAGUUGUUUACUGCAAAAUGAAAAGAACUCCUCGCUCCCUAACCAUUAAUGAGUCAAUGUGGUUUAAAGGAAAUCUGUCACAAGAAAAACACCAAGAGACCCCAUAUUCGGGAAAGACUGAUGAUGAUAGUACUAAGCCAACAAUUCAAGAGGUUGAAUCAACUACAAUUCAGUCACCCACACAGAUCAGUGAAUCCAAUGAUAGUCAACAAAAAG